AUGUCUUUACCGAGAAGCAAGUGCUCUGUCUGGAUAUAUCUGAUGCUUCUGAUACUGGAUUAUUGCUGGGAUGCAGUGUCUGCGCAGCUCUCUUACUCCGUUUCAGAGGAGGUAAAUUCGGGGACAUUUGUUGGAAAUAUCGCGAAGGAUUUACAUCUAAGCGUACAGGAUCUGGAGCCCCGUAUGUUUAGGAUUGUUGCUGGGUCAAAGAAAAAAUAUUUCGAGGUAAAUACGAAGACUGGUGUCCUCUAUGUUAGUGAGAGAAUAGACAGAGAGGAGCUCUGCGCGAAAGCAGUAAAAUGUACUGUUAAUGUGGAGGCGGUCAUAAAUGAGCCUUUAAAGCUUUACCGGAUAGAAAUAAAUAUACUUGAUGUCAACGAUAAUUCUCCGUAUUUCAUUGCAACGUCGCAGACUAUAGACAUUGCUGAAAGCACAUUUCCUGGAAUAAAAUUUCCUCUGCUACAAGCCCAUGAUGCAGAUGUGGGAAAGAAUAGCAUAAACACUUACAAGCUCAGUUCUAAUGAACAUUUCUCAUUAGCAAUAAGCAAAGCGGGAGAGAGUAUCUCCACUGAGUUAGUGUUACAGAAAGCGUUAGACAGAGAAAAGGAGCCUUUGAUCAAGCUCACUUUAACAGCGUUAGAUGAUGGAAAUCCACCAAAAUCUGGCACGUCAGAAAUUAAGAUUAAUGUUUUAGACAUUAAUGAUAACACGCCCGUGUUUGCAAAAUCUUUGUACAAAACUCGUGUAUUUGAAAAUGCGCCUACUGGGACCUCUCUGCUGACUUUAAAUGCAACAGACGCAGACGAAGGGACAAACAAAGACAUCAUAUACACACUUAGCACAAAAGAGCAGGACCACAUACUGCAGAUUUUUAAAAUCGACCCAGAUACAGGCACACUGACAGUUGAAGGAAAUGUGGAUUUUGAAGAACAUCCCGCAUUUGAAAUUCGUGCACAGGCCAGUGACAAAGGGCAGCCUCCGAUGUCUGCUCAUUGUAAAGUGCUGGUAGAGGUGGUGGACCUCAACGACAACGCUCCUGAGAUCACUGUGACGUCACUACUAGACACAGUGAAGGAGGAUGCUAAAGAAGGUACUGCUAUUGCACUUGUCUCCGUACUGGACAAAGAUGGGGGCAAGAAUGGCGAAGUACAUUGUACAAUAGAUGACAAGACUCCAUUUAAAUUGGAAACUAACUAUAAAAACUAUUACUCGUUAGUGGUUGAUGGACCCCUCGAUCGAGAAAGCAUCCCUCAGUAUAAUGUCACUAUAACGGCAAGUGAUGGAGGCAGCCCACCUCUCUCCAGCACCAGUAUUAUUACUCUCCACGUUUCCGAUGUCAAUGAUAACGCACCCCGUUUCUCCGCGUCAGACAUGAAUAUUUAUGUAAAGGAGAACAGCCCGGUGGGAGCAGUUAUACAAACAGUGUCCGCAUUCGAUGCUGACAUGAAUGAAAAUGGCCAGGUGAGGUACUAUUUUUCAGAAAGUAACACUAACUCAGUCCCGCUUUCCACAAUGGUCAACAUUAAUUCAGAGACCGGAGAUAUUGUCAGCCUGCAGUCUUUUAAC